AGCUUAAAGCAGAGCGUCUCCGGUUUUCCAGUAUCAGCACAUAAUGCGCGUGCGGCGCACAAACGUAUCCGCUGUUCGGGGGGGUGGUUAUUUUCCGCACACCGCGUGAGCAGGACAUAUCACAGUCCGGUUACAGGCGCCACAGGAGGGAAGACACGAGGGGGCACGCGCGCUGGGGACAGUGGAUACUCAUCUGCUCUUCGGACGGAGCUGAAAACCUGGAAAAAGCCCGGGGAGAGCACGCGCAAGAAUGGAGUGACAGACGGGAUGGACGUCUGGAAUUUGGUCUCAUUACCAUCUCCUAGUGAGGAAUUUUAGAGGGAAUCCUCGUCUUGAAGGCCUGGAGCUGCUUGAAUCCGGGUCUGUACUGCUGCUGCUUCCUCGAAUUGCCUCGCCUCAGCCUUCUUUCUCUCUCCACACUGUUGCGCGAGCUCUCUCUGUGUUGUUCCGGGGGACACUCAGUGGUCACCAUGUCCUCCAAAGCUCCCAUAUACCUGAAGCGCAGGAGUCGCAAAGGCAAGAAGGAGAAGCUGCGUGACCUGCUCUCGUCCGACAUGAUCAGCCCUCCGCUGGGCGACUUUCGCCACACCAUUCACAUCGGGAGCGGCGCUGGUGGCGACAACCUCUUCGGGGACCUUUCCUUCCUCCAAGGCAAGUUCCACCUGUUACCUGGGCAACAAGGCCAGCAAGGGGCAAUCCAGUGGAACUGCGCCGCCAACGAGGCCUCGCCGCUGCUCAAGAACGCUCUUUCGCUUCCUGUCAUUGGAGGAGUGCAGGCACUCACGCUUCCGCCCUCAGCCCCUGUUGCAUCGCAGCCUCUUGCCCCUGUCAUGGCUCCGCCCCCGAAACCUCCCAGACUGCACCUGGAUUCACCUCACACGUCACUCCCCGGCUCCCCGAAGCGCUCGCCCGAUCACGAACAGCCUUGCAUGGGAAAAGUGGAAAAGGGGGAGGAGAAGCCAGGCGAGAAAGACGACGAGCCGGCAUAUCUGUCUCACGCCGGCUCCAUGCUCUCGCUCCACUUGGACCUGGGGCCGUCCAUCCUAGAGGACGUCCUGCAGAUCAUGGACACCCAGAGGAUGGGAGGCAUCGGUGGAGGAUUUGUACCAAACGGUCGACAAGAGGUCUACACCUAAGAUGUUCCACCUUUUUUAACAUACUUUUUUUGUUCCCUCUCUUUUUAUUGCUGCGAGUGCUGGUUUGAACAGUAACUUUUCCGUCUGUCCUUGAAAUUGUUCUCUUUCACACUGGGAGUGUUCAAGGCUGCAGAGAAAUUGUUUUUUUUUUCCUACUUCAUUAUGGGAGAUAAAAAACUGUGACACCUUUUAUGACAUCCUGGUCUUCCUGGUUACUCUCCUGAGCCACUGAUUAAAUAUUAAUUCAUCUUUUAAACCAGAGCAGCAGUCCGGACUGCCGUUUCUGACGUAGCCUGUUUGUCCGGAGCAGUUUUUUUUAGCCAAGGGAUUAAACUGCAGGAGAAGAAAAACGACCUUCUCUCAGCACUGAGAAUGACGUCACCUUUCUCCUCGGUGGUGUUGCCAAUUUCUGAACAAAUACACUUUUUUUUCUUGUUGUUUUGCUUUACUAGGGGAGCACAUUAUGUCCAAGAACUACGAAUAAGGGAAGGUAUCUUGGUUAAAGAGCAAGAGAAAAAAACAAAAACCUGUGCAUGUCUUCCAUCUUAGUGGAGAUGUGAAAAGACUUGGAACGUUGCACCUUUGGCUUUACUGGAUGUUUCUGCACUCCCUCAGGCAGGGACAGUUGAUCCCUGGUUUCAGAUGGAUCCUUUUUUUUAGAUGGAGGUGUGAGGAUGAGUUUGUCACUGAAACCACAGCUUGGGUUCACUUUUUAUACCAAGCCCCAGGAGAUUUAUCAUUUUAGUGCAUUCGAGCGUUAAAGAGGAAUUCCACAUGGGUUUUUAAAACGUCAGCUUGGUGAGAUGUAAUUAAAGUCCUGUAGUGGGCUUUUAAGGACAUUCUGGACUAUUUAGUCUGGGCCAAUUUUAUCAAACUGGAUAUUUAACAAAUGUAUUUUGUGAAAGGUUCGUGGGGGAAUUACACAUGAAACAGGAUCCUCAUGAAAAGGCAGAUCUUUAGGAAAACAUUUGUAUCCUGUGUUUCGCUCUUGGGUUUGUGUGAAAGCAAGUGAAAGGACAACAGACAUGACUAGCUGUUUAUGAGACAGAAAAAUGAUGCAAACUUCUAGUAUGAUACUUUCAAAAAAGUGAAAAAUGACGCAAUAAAUUUAAUAGGUUUUCUAUUUUGGUCAUUAAGUCAUAAAUCUUUCGCCAUAAAUCCUGAUUCCUCUAAAGUUGUUCUUUCGGCCACUCCCUGUUUUGGGGUCACCACAGUGGAUCAAUUGGUCAAUUUGGCACAGGUUUUAUGCCCGAUGCCCUUCCUGACACAACCCUCCCAUUUAAUCCGGGCUUGGGGCCGGCACUCAGAGUUUACUGGCUGGGUUAGUGCCCUGCCCGGGAAUCGAACCUGGGCCACGGCAAUAAGAGCGCGGGAUCCUGCCACUGGACCACCAGGAGGCCCCCUGAUUUCUCUAAAGUGACCUCUGGCUUCCAUUUGGCAGAAUCUUGCAGCUGAACUAAGAUAUGUAACCAAGCACCUUAAGAACCUCUUUAGCGGCCCAUUUACUGGCAGGAAGUGUGGACGGGUCUUUCAGUUGGACAGUCCGGAGGUUGUUAGCUGUUAUCCUCACACUUUGAUAAAUACUUCCCUAAACGUGAAUGAUACAUAUCACAGUUUAUCCACAUGGGGGGUGUGGCUUGUUAUCAGUGGUCGUGGAAAAAGCACAAGUAUAACAAGAACACAGUGGUUUAGUUUUGCUGGUCAAAAUGGUUGCCAAGAUCAAGAUAUUUACGGCUAAUCGACAAGAUGGCCGAGUUUCCAGAGUAAGUGUAGUGUCACGAGUAGCCAUGGUAGUGACCAUUCCUUCCAGAAACUUCUUCCAUCAUCAGAAUGGUCAGGAGAGGGAAAAGACCGUUAGACAACAGAUUAGACAUUUUUGAGCACUACAGUGACGCCACAUAGAGGAGGGAAUGUGAACAGUGUCUUCCUUUAACGACUUUUCAGGUCAGCCGGCAUCAUCGUCGACUGUGGAAUUCCUCUUUAAGGCUUUUCCGAGGGUGAAGAGCGAGGUCAUGUGACAUGGUCAUGUGUGACACUCGGUGUACUUUAAGCCAACAGUCAGUAGAUCAUUACUGUAUUAACUGAGUCAAGGUUAAAGGAGCGAGGGUAAAGAAUGUUCCGGCUCACUGCUACCACAUCCCGCUACGUGACAAACACUGUACUUCCUGUAUGAAUUAGCAAUAACAGAUAUUAGCGACUUAUUAUUAUUAUUAUUAUUAUUAUUAUUCAUAAUAGUGCUAUCAUGAAGGCCUCGUUAGUGAUGAUGACAUCGCACCGCUCUGUUCAUCUUCUCGGGUGAGAACGCCUGUCCCGUACCCAUCCGCAAACUGGACUAUUAUGGGAUAGGAGGUGGCAAGAGUCUAUUUUUAGUCGCGGACACACACUUUUCUCUUCCUGAUUAGAUGUUCAGAAGUAAAGGAUGCAUUGUGAGCCAAGCUAGCGUGAUAGCAGCUGUGGAGUGUGUGUGUGUGUGUGUGUGAGAGAGAGAGAGAACACAAUGACAGUUACUAUGGUUGUGUUGUCAUAAAUCCACAGUGGCCUUGAGGAGUGAAACAUCAUGGGAGGGAGGAGAGGAGAGUCGACAGCUUGUGCGUUAAUUUUUCACUUUCUGUCAAAACCCUGAAAAUGAAAAUGUACCUUCACUCGACCCCCCCGCUCUUUCUCUCUCUCUUUCUCUCUGCCUCUCUCUCCCUCCUUCUCUCUCUCUCACUCUCUCUCUCUCUCUCUUGUUCUCUCUCCCUCUAGCCCCCCCCCCCACACACACACCUCCAAACAAAUGGUAAAUUGUGUAAUUUAUUUAUUCUCAGAUUCAUAAAAUCGAAACCUGACCGAUGUCAAUCUUAAUCUGUAGCCCCGCCCCUAAACCCACACCAUUAUCACCUGAUUGUAUAGAAAGCUCUCUCUCUCUCUCUCUUUCUGUUCACAUGAGAAGAUAAUCUGUGCAUCUGAAUGAACAAAGAAAAAUCUAUAAUAUUGGUAUAAAAAUAUCAAUAAAGGACAAUUUUAUAUGA